GCCCAUUCACUUGCACUUUUAUCUCCAUCUCCAAAACAUCUCUGUCACCAUUCUCUAUUCUCGCCUUUCUCCCACUCCUACCACCAUGGACUCCAUUCUUCACCUCCCUCUCCCUCGCCUAAGCGCCGCUGCUCCUCCUAUCACUACCACUGCUGCCUUCCCUCACCAGCUGCCCUGUCUUCUCUUUUCCCGGGCCGGCCAGAGAUUCAUUCCCCUUGUUGUCAUUUCGCGGCCUCGUCGGUCCUCCACUAUCGCGGCAAGUGGCACGCUGAUGGCCAAUUCCAUACCGCCCAGAAGUGGAGUUUAUACAGUUGGUGAUUUUAUGACAAGGAAAGAGGAUUUGCGUGUGGUAAAACCAACAACAACCGUGGAUGAAGCCUUGCAAACUCUUGUUGAACACAGAAUUACGGGUUUUCCUGUGAUUGAUGAUGACUGGAAACUGGUUGGUCUUGUGUCAGAUUAUGACUUGUUAGCAUUGGACUCGAUAUCAGGUGGCGGAAGAACUGAGAAUAGCAUGUUUCCAGAGGUUGACAGCACUUGGAAAACUUUUAACGAGGUACAAAAGUUACUCAGCAAAACCAAUGGGAAGGUUGUUGGUGACUUAAUGACGCCGGCCCCAGUUGUUGUCCAUGAAACCACUAAUCUUGAGGAUGCUGCAAGAUUGUUGCUGGAAACAAAAUAUCGUAGACUUCCAGUUGUUGAUUCUGAGGGAAAGCUGGUUGGAAUUAUCACAAGAGGAAAUGUCGUAAGAGCUGCCCUUCAGAUAAAACAUGACACUGAAGGGAAAGCAUAAUAUUGAAAUAGUGUGCAAAGAGCUGGAGUACACAGAAUGGCAAACUGGAUCAAUUUGCUUCCUUGAGCUGGUUCAAGUUCAACAAAGAAGACGUUGGAAGAGCUUGAAUGGCGGCUACGUAAUUUUUGGCUUACGCUGUACCUCUUUUUUAGCUGUUCCUAGUAGUUACUAGUAGGAUAGGGGACCAAUAAUUGUUGAUCCCUGUAUUAUACCACUACUGGUCCUCCCUCGUUAGUUAUCCCAUAAAGGGGAAGGGACAGAAAGUGGAAAAAGAAAAAUCUGAUAUAGAUAUGUUGUUAAUUGAUAGACGAAGAUAGCCUGUAAUCUUAUUGAGCACAUGAUUAUAGUAGAAUGGAGACCUUCUAUGGAUUUUAUGA